UUAGAAGCCGCACGAAUCGCACACCGCCUACCUUCUUUGACGCAUCCAAUGACGCGCAUUUACACUGAUGGGAGCACAGAGAACUCGUGCUUCGAGUAACCGCACAUGUAUCCGCUGAUUGUUGCUAUCAUAAAUUCGUAUCCAUAAUUGCAACACUGAAUUGUACGAGAACCAAACCAAAAAUGCAUUUAUCCCCAUAAAUUCGUAUCCGUAUCUCCGCGGCUCACUGCGACUGCAGGCUUUUGCUGCUGGAAGGGAGCUCUUUAUUGCAUACACUCGGUAGCUAUGAAUUCGGGAUCAGUGAUCGAGUUCUUGGGGUGUGUGCCGUUGCUCCAGAGGCUUCCCAGUUCAUCUCUUAAGAAAAUCUCUCAGCUUGUCUCCGUCAAACGCUAUGACCAAGGAGACUAUAUAGUUCGUGAAGGAGAAGCUGCUGAUGGGAUUUAUUUCAUCUGGGAGGGAGAGGCUGAGGUCUGUGGGUCAUUUCACGCUGAUGAUAAAAAUCGCCCUGAAUUUCAUUUAAAGCAGUUUGAUUGUUUUGGUCAUGGUAUGGUGUCAUCUUCUCAGCCCGCAGAUGUGAUUGCGUUGUCUAAGGUGACUUGCUUAGUGCUCCCUAAUGAGCACACAAAUUUGUUAAAACCGAAAUCAAUUUGGAGUGCAGAUGAGACACAGGAGAAACUCCCCCUUGUGGAGCGAAUUCUACACCUCGAUCCUGUAGAUGUUAAUAUUUUUCAAGGCAUUACACUGCCAGAUGCUCCAAAAUUUGGAAAAAUAUUUGGAGGGCAGUUUAUUGGACAGGCACUAGCUGCAGCGUGUAAAACUGUUGACUGUCUCAAGAUUGUUCACAGUCUGCAUGCUUACUUCCUUCUUAUUGGCGAUUUUGACAUACCAAUUAUAUAUCAAGUACACCGGGUACGUGAUGGGAAAAGCUUUGCAACCCGAAGGGUGGAAGCUAUACAGAAAGGGAAUGUUGUGUUUACAUUGCUUGCUUCUUUUCAGAAAGAGGAAGAAGGAUUUGAUCACCAGGUGGCAACAAUGCCUUCCGUGCCUGAUCCAGAAACGCUUUUAUCGAUGGAAGAGUUGCGGGAAAGGCGUCUUAUUGAUCCUCGCCUUCCUAGGACAUACCGGAACAAGGUAGCUAGCGUUCAAUUUGUUCCGUGGCCCAUAGAGAUUAGAUUCUGUGAGCCCAAUACUUCCACCAACCAGACAAAGUCUCCUCCAAGUCUAAGGUACUGGUUUAGAGCAAGAGGGAAACUUUCUGAUGAACAGGCUCUGCAUAGAUGUGUGGUGGCAUAUGCUUCUGAUCUAAUCUUUCUCCAAAUCAGCUUAAAUCCUCAUCGUGAAAAGGGUUUGAAGUCAGCUUCUGUCAGCUUAGAUCACGCGAUGUGGUUUCACAGGCCUUUCAGGGCUGAUGAUUGGCUGUUGUAUGUGAUUGAUAGUCCAAAUGCUCAUAGUGCACGUGGCUUUGUUGUUGGACGAAUGUUUACCAGGAAAGGAGAGCUUGUUGUUUCAUUGACUCAAGAAGGGUUAUUGAGGAGGGCCAGAACGCCAGUUUCAACUGUCCAAUCGAAAUUGUGAGAUUACCUUGAGAAGAAUGUUGCGGAUUGGAAAAUCGUUAUGUAAUCUUAUUUUAAUUGAAAGACUAUCAUGUAUGCAUCUAUGCAGAAAAUAUAUAUCUAAGAAACUAAAUAGUGGCACAGGUAUAGUAGUAUAUAAAGCCAAUAUACCCUUCAAAGUUUGAAGUGCCACUCCGAGUACUGUCUUUCAGAAAAUCAUAAGUGAGCUGCGUGAUCAUGUGCUGCUGUUGUACUAAUUGCUUAUCAAGUUUCAGUGCAACGAGAUGGCCAAUAUGGAGAUCAUCAAGUUGUAGGUCCAAUGUGCUUGUGUCAACUUCUGUCGGCAAGAGAAAGAAUAGACAAGUCCAAUUGAUAGGACAAUGGUGAAAACAAUUGUUUACUGGAACAACGUUGCUGGUGCAUUUAGAUCGUCAUUUGGAGCUUAAAGACCAUUUGUUUUGCUCUUGCACAUGACUGUUGCUGGUACAUUUAGAUCUUCAUUUGGAGCUUAAAGGCCAGUUGCUUUGCUCUGGCACAUGACCGUUGCCGGUACAGCACAAACACAACUCGUUUUGCUUGUGCACAUGGCUCCCAUAGUUCUGUCAUUGCUAUAUUGAGUCUGAUUAUGUUGUAUGCAGUUUUUACGACUUUGUAUAAACUUUAUGGUGUCCAAUUUCUUAUUGGGAACUAUAGUAGUUUAUGUUAAUAUAAUGGCUUAACAGACAUACUGUGGCAUCUAUUGUAGUUAAUGUCUCUUAAAAUUUUACCAGUGAA